UGAGCCAAACGCGCAGUUUAUAUAUUAUGCUGCCACCAGGGAGAAGCCUGAGAGCAGAGAGAAAACUGAGAACGGCCACCGGUAGAACAGAUGCGCCCCCUGACAAAGUGGACGUCAACCGAACCAACUCUUUCAGAGGGCGCAGCUGUUUCUAAUGUCGAUAAUUCAGUGUAUGUAUUCGACGGUUGUCAUUGGUUGUCAUUGGUUGUCAUGGCGACGACGCGACCAAAUAGAAAAUAUUUUCACGUGCACAUUUCGACAAUUAGCGAGUGGAACGUCCUCAUGUCGCAUAGUCUCUCGAGCCGAUUUCCAAUAACAGAGAAUGAGCGCAACUCUCGCCGCCGGCGACGCUAGCGAAAGCAAUAUUAUUUUUGACGUGUCGAAAAAUGAAAGGAAAUUAAAUGACGAAUUUAAAAUACUUCAGCGGAAACUGAAAGCAAAGUGGAAGUUUGUCGAGAAUAACCAAGUGAUAUCGCAAGAAUCAUUGGCAAACGCCAAGAUCCUGGUGCUGCCAGGGCCGCUGAGUAAAUUUACCGAGCUUGAGAUGAACUCUAUUAGAACUUAUUUAAAUUCCGGUGGCAAUGUUCUUGUCACGCUCGAGGAAGGUGGCGAGAACAAGUCCAAUACAAACAUCAAUUUUUUGCUAGAAGAAUUCGGUAUAAUGGUUAAUAACGACAGUGUAGCUCGCAUGAGUUAUAGUCAAACGAUGCAUCCUAAAGAAUCUCUAAUCUCCCAAGGCUUAUCAAACAAGUCGAUAUUCCUCAAGAAUCACGAUGAAUACAUUGGUAUGAAAUUUUUGUAUCCUUACGGGGCAACGUUAAAUGUGGUGCAACCGUCUGUUGUUGCUUUAUCCAGCGGGUCAAUUGCUAUUCCAAUGAAUAGGCCAAUCUGUGCGUAUCAUUGCGUAAAAAGCAGUAAUGGCAAGCUCGUUGUAUUAGGUUCGUCCAGAAUGUUGACGGAUACCUACAUAGAAAAGGAGAGUAAUGAUGCGUUGCGGGAAAUGAUUUUUGACUUUUUUGAGCUAAAUGUCACGGACACAAUGGAUGUUCAUACGGAUGAUAUAGAAUUUUGGGAGUACAACUUUGUACCAGACAUAACGCAGCAGGCUGAAAAUCCAAAAGUUUGCACGCAAGAUUUAGAUAACAUUGACAUACCUCGCGAAUACACCAAGUUAUUUAAUCAUCAUCUUUAUUCUAUAAACUUAAACAUGAUACCAGCCUGCAUAAAAGCGUACGAAGCUUUAGGAGUAAAACACGAGCCACUUACUCUAAUUCCACCCCAUUUUGAAGCACCUUUGCCUCCCACGCAAGCUUCGGCGUUUCCUCCAAGCUUCCAAGAAUUACCUCCACCUGCUUUGGAGCUGUUUGAUCUAGACGAAGCUUUCAGUUCUGACUUACUAAAAUUAUCACAACUUACCAACAAAUAUACCGCGACGAAGGAGCUGUCGGAUGACAAAGAAUUAGAUCAUUAUAUCAGAGAAUUUGGAAGUAUAAUAAGGAUAAACAAUUCCAACACACACACCGCUAAAGAAGUAUUAAAUUUUGUCUUUCAAAAAAUCUGCAGUUAUAAGGCGAUGCACGAUUGAAAUUUUUGUAUAGAAAAAUGUUGUAAUUUAUCGUAAAUAGCUCAUUUUCUAUACUAGUCGAUUAUUUAAUAAAUGAAGGAGACAAUUGUA